AUGCCUUUGUUAAACUGCGCUAUCGUUGGUGUGAGUGGAAGUGCGUUCUCUAUUAUUAUUGAGGAGUGGAAGACGAUAGCUCUUCUAAAAGAUGCGAUCAAGGUAGAAAUGAUGUAUCAGUUUCCUGCGAACAAACUGCAGCUCUUUUCUGCGAAGAUGGAAAUCGGCAAGUGGCUGGUCUCGAGCACGGACGAUGUAAAAGAGCUGAAGAAGGGCAAAAAGACUCCUCGCGUCGUUGAGCUAACGGAAAAAGACCGAGAGAUGCAGGGAGAGGAUUCUAUUGCCAAUCUCCUUGCAGAUAUGGAGACUCCAGAAGCAAACCAAAUUCACGUGCUAGUGGUGGUGCCGAAGGAACUUACAGCACUUGGUCACGAGAGAAAGCGGAGAAGGUUGACGGAUGAAGGCGCCCCGGAAGCUUGGAUAAAGGCAAUCAGGAACGAACAGGUUACAGUAUUACCAUUGACUUGUGAAGAUUUGAGAAAGCACCUGCAACGGCCGCUUCGUACUAAAAUUCCCAUCUUGGAACAGUUUUACCAAACUGUCAUUGAGCUGAACACAACUGGAGAGUGUGCUAGCAUUUUCUACGACUUAUUUGAACCUGAACCACGUAAACGAGUUGGUGAUGAAACUUUAGCGAUCGUGGGGAAUAUUGUUAAUUAUCGACGCCUUGAGUCCGUAAGCGAAGCAACAUACCAUUGCAUAUGGGAUAACCUCAUUGCGAGACUGCUGGAGAAUGUGGUAAAAGGGCACUAUUGUCGCAACACGAAUGCGUCUACUUCUACUGACCUCUAUCAACCAGAUUUGUGCUUUUACUACGGCAAUAACAAUGUGUGCGUAUUUCGCGGAGAAGAAGAAGCAUAUGGAUCGUUGGAAGUGCCGAUCAAAGAAUUGCACGAGCAACUGAUAUGGAGGUAUGACGCUGCGCCGUACAUUUUUGGUUACGCUGCUGUCGGUCCGCUAGUAUGCUUAGUAGCUCUUCGGAAAAACGAGAUGACGGAACGUGACGCAAAAGUAGAAAUCAUCGAAACAUACGAUCUAGAUGAUCUCAGUAGCCGGCUUUCGCUUUUUCUCGCAUUGCUCAAUCUUUCGACUCUUUUCCGACCAGUUGUGAAUCGUAUCCAGCCGCUGAAUACACCCUAUUACGGCACUAUCGAACAAGGUACUGGUGUGCAGAUAUCGUUUGCAGAGGAUUGCGUACUGAAGACGUAUCCCUCGGAUAUGCCAAGUGACAGCAUCAUUCAGAACUUGAAGGAUCUACAUUGUCGAAUGAAGGAACGCUCGGUCCCGAACGUUGUGCAGCUAAAAAGUGGAAACAUGAAGAGAAGACACGUGACGCUUUAUCCUGUUGGUCGACUUGCUGCACCUGAAAACGUCCACCAGCUCCUGACGGCCUUACGCGAUAUACUCAAGGCGCUAGUGGCACUGCACGCCAUCAAUAUUAUGCAUCGAGACUUGAGAUGGGAAAAUGUGCUGAAGUACCAAGGUGAAGAUGACAAGUGGUUUCUGAUUGACUUUGACGACGGAGCACUGUCACCAGCUGCAAAAGUGGAACAUUUGAAGGCGGAAUCGCAUGCUCCUGAAAUAUUGUCGUGUCCGUUCCAUACGGUUAAGGUCGACAUUUGGAGCGUGGGCUACCUCAUACAGACGUCAAACAUCGUCAAUUUUCCGGCUAAGCUGGAGACAAUCAAAGCAAAGUGUUUGCAGGAGAGUCCGAAAAAGAGACCCACGGCAGCAUCACUCUUGAAGGCAAUUGAAACGCUAUUAAGAGCUGCAUAA